AGUUGUUCUCUUGUCUUUCAGCAAUUCCAGUCCGAAGCUCCAGGCUACCAUUGCUGUCUGAUGCCAUGCCAGCACCAGCUCAUCUGUUUCCGUUGAUUCGUAACUGUGAGAUUAGCAGAAUAUGCAGUACUGUGUGUUACUGCCACCAUAAACAUCUGUGUUGUUUAUCUCAUUUUGCUCACAGUCACUUCAGAUAUGCAUCUCAGAAGAGAUUUGUGGCACUUCAUAGGCCAAAGGAGAACUUUAAUUACUUUAUUCACACAAGGGAUUAUGCUUCUACACCACAGAGGUUUUACCUCACUCCUCCACAGGUCAACAGCAUUCUGAAGGCAAAUGAAUACAGUUUCAAAGUCCCAGAAUUUGAUGGUAAAAAUGUAAGUUCUGUCCUUGGCUUCGAUAGCAACCAGUUGCCUGCUAAUGCUCCAAUAGAAGACCGGAGGAGUGCUGCCACUUGCUUACAGACAAGAGGAAUGCUUUUGGGUGUGUUUGAUGGCCACGCAGGUUGUGCUUGUGCUCAAGCUGUCAGUGAAAGACUGUUUUACUACAUUGCUGUCUCUUUGUUACCUCAUGAGACUUUACUUGAAAUAGAAAAUGCUGUGGAAAGUGGCAGAGCUCUGUUGCCCAUUCUACAGUGGCACAAGCAUCCCAAUGAUUAUUUUAGCAAAGAAGCUUCCAAGCUUUACUUCAAUAGUCUAAGAACUUACUGGCAGGAGCUCAUUGAUCUCAACAGUGGAGAGACUACUGAUGUGAAAGAAGCUUUAAUUAAUGCUUUUAAGAGGCUUGAUAAUGAUAUUUCUCUGGAAGCUCAAGUAGGAGAUCCAAAUUCUUUUCUCAACUACCUUGUACUGCGAGUAGCAUUUUCUGGUGCAACUGCCUGUGUGGCCCAUGUGGAUGGUGUUGACUUGCACAUUGCAAACACAGGUGACAGUAGGGCAAUGCUCGGGGUUCAGGAAGAAGAUGGAUCUUGGUCUGCAGUUAAUCUGUCCUAUGACCACAAUGCACAAAAUGAACAUGAAGUGGAACGUGUGAAAAUGGAGCAUCCAAAGUCCGAGGAGAAAAGUCUCGUGAAACAAGAUCGUCUCUUAGGUCUCCUGAUGCCUUUCAGAGCUUUUGGUGAUGUGAAGUUUAAAUGGAGUAUUGAACUACAGAAGAGAGUAGUAGAAUCAGGCCCAGAUCAGCUGAAUGACAAUGAAUAUACAAAGUUUAUUCCUCCAAACUAUCACACUCCCCCAUACCUCACAGCUGAGCCAGAAGUCAUACAUCACAAAUUACGGCCGCAGGAUAAGUUCCUGGUUUUGGCCACAGAUGGGCUGUGGGAGACAAUGCACAGGCAAGAUGUGGCUAGAAUUGUAGGGGAGUACCUCACUGGUGUUCACCAUCAACAGCCAAUAGCUGUUGGUGGCUAUAAGGUAACUUUGGGACAGAUGCAUGGUCUCUUAACAGAAAGGAGAGCAAGAAUCUCUUCAGUAUUUGAAGAUCAGAAUGCAGCAACUCACCUGAUACGUCAUGCAGUGGGUAACAAUGAGUUUGGCACUGUGGAUCAUGAGCGACUGUCCAAGAUGCUUAGUCUUCCAGAAGAGCUGGCUCGAAUGUAUAGAGAUGACAUUACAAUUAUCGUGGUGCAGUUCAACUCACAUGUUAUAGGUGCAUGUCAAAAUGAGGAACUGUGAAUUUAAUGUAGUGAACUAGUUACCAAAGUUGUAACAAUGGCCAGUAUAAGCAGCAAAUAAAAAACAACCACCCAACAAUAAACCCCAAAAAAACCCUCAGCAAACAAAUUGGUUGCUUGCUAGAUUCAGCAUAUCUAUUGUUUCUGCCUUCCCCCAGAGCUCUAAAUACAUGGGAAGUGCUAUUGACCUAAUACAAACUUGAAGAGGAUGUCGUAGCUUGGGAAAAGAGGUUUUUGUAAUAACUUUGCACUAUUCAUUUCAUGAAUGCUGCUAGAACAAUGUCUUGAAUUUGGCAGACUUGGAUGAGGGAGGGAAGGAGGAUGAAGAAUUAACUAUCAAAGAUCUGGCUGUUUAAGAAACAAAACCUGUUUAUAAAUAUCUGUAAAUAUCUAUACAUUAUCUUAAAGAAAAGAUGAGUAAAAAGGAGUAUUGUUGAAUUCUUACAGGGCUAAUUCUUGCAAAGUAGAUAUGGUUAUUUGUGAAUAUAUUGUCUACUGUUUCUUCUAAGCAGAAGGUCACUUUAACCAAGUAAGUCUUCAGUGUAACAAAGCUGUCUCACUUUCACAUAGACAAUGUCACUCACUUAAGGAUAUUUGUCUAAGUGUUGACUUCCAAUGCAGGUCUAAGCCAUAAUCAAUACCUGAGAUUCUGUCACAGCUUAAUCAUAUCUUAUGCAAGGUAACUUAUAAACUUCUCGUGCAUUAAUAGUUUCUUGGCUGUGGGUUUCUGCACAACUUGUAGGGCAAUAAUACCUUGCAACAUCCAGUAAGAUACCAGAUAAUUUUGUGGAGGACUUCAGUUUGCAGUAUGAAGAAACUUUCAGACUUUCCAAAAAGUCAGUGGUGUUGGUCAAGACUGUGUUGGCUUUCCUAAAGGUCACGUCCUUCAUGGACUCCACCUCUGUCUGGUGUUACUUAUCUAGUAAAUAAAUAUUCACCUGAAAAGAUCAGGAAAUCAUUGCUAACCUCUUUGUGGCUUUGAAAUUUGCACUCAUUUUCACUUUAGCUAUUUCAAAUGGUCACAUAUUGGAUGUCUUGCACUUGAACUUGUAUUUUUUUAAGUUGGGUUAAAAACUACAAAUUACAAAAAAAUUGAAGUAUGGCUUGUAAAUAGUAUUUUAGUUGGGGAAACUGGCAUGCAUGUGUAUGUUUAAUGGCUUUUUCUAGCAACUUCUUUAUUAGCAGCUCUGUAUUUCUGGACAGCUGGUGUAUGCAUGUUCUUACAGUCCAGAAUGCUAUUACAGAGCAAUCUCUGAAAUGGGUCUCUGGCUUGUAAUAGUUGAAUUUGAACUUAAAAGAUUGGCUAUAACUUGUGUGCCGGAAGUUGUUGGGCUUGUAACUGUAAAAAGUAGGGACUGACAACUAAUUUAUCAGUCAUCAUUGCAUCUAUUUUAGGUAUGUUGCAUUGUAUACAGAUUUAUUUUAACCUGCCCUUAGGUUAAAAACGCGAAUGCUGGCUGAAAUACCAGCCCUUGAUGACUGAGAGAACACAUGUGACUUGAUUCCUGUGUUCUAGAGAACAAUGAUAGGUCAGCUUACUUCACUUUACCAAGGUGUUUCUGUUAAAAUACCUCCCUAGCCUUCAUCAUAACUAAUUAAAUCAACACUUUAAAAACCUAGCUUAUUUUGGUUACUUGAGUAAUGUGGCAUUUUCUACUAAAUACAAAUAUCACCAAUUAAUGCUACUGUUACAUAGGGUACACUUAGUUUGAACAAUGAACUUGUGCUACAGUAAACAUCGGCUCCUCAAACUCCCAAAUGCUGUGUGUACUUAGUGGCUUGCAGCUUUAAUAUGUCUGUUUCUUUACCCAACCUUAAAUAUCAGGAUCAAUGUUGCUGUAUGGUUAACGAUAUCUAAGUUCACAUUCAAGAUGUGCAUGACCCUUCUUUAUUUGAAGGGAAAAGGGGAACUCUAAAAUGCUUAGACAAGUAGUGGCUGUUGACAUUUCUUCUGUAUGUUGUGUUUUGGUGACUCUGUCAUUAACUAGGUCAAUAGACUUUAUGUUCUAUCAUUCUAAGCUGUUGCAGUAUUUAACUUUCUUACUUUUUUACUGUUACAUCAAUACAUGUAAUAGAGCUUUAUUUAACCUAUGAUUAUUGAUACGGAUUUGGUACAAGUCAUAGCUAGAAGAAAUGAACAUUGGUCCCAUGGAUACAACUUUUAUUGAGGAAAAGCUGCUUUUUGUAGUAAAGAUGCAUGUGUAUGGGGUCAGACAAAAUAAUAUUUAUGUAUUGCUUGGAGACUUGCUCAGUAUGUAUACAGUGAACAGAAGCAGCAUAACUGCCUGCUUAACAGGUGAUCUGAACAAACAUCUUCUAACAGAUUCCAAUAAAAUGAUCAAUUAUGCAGAA